CCCAUGUAAUACCGCUAGCGGCGGCUGACCUUUUACCCCUCUUGUCACCUGAUCCCUGCAGUGACAGGCUGGGUACGAAGACCAUGCUGGGUCGGACCCUCCGAGAAGUUUCCGUGGCACUGAAACAAGGCCAAAUUACUCCAACUGAGCUCUGCCAAAAAUGUCUUUCCCUCAUCAAGAAGACCAAGUUUCUAAAUGCUUACAUUACUGUAUCAGAAGAAGUGGCCUUAAAGCAAGCUGAAGAAUCAGAGAAGAGAUAUAAGAAAGGUCACUCACUCGGGUAUUUAGAUGGAAUUCCUGUUGCUGUAAAAGACAACUUUAGCACUUCUGGCAUUGAGACAACAUGUGCAUCAAAUAUGCUGAAAGGUUAUGUGCCACCUUAUAAUGCUACAGUAGUUCAAAAGUUGUUGGAUCAGGGAGCUCUAUUAAUGGGAAAAACAAAUUUAGAUGAGUUUGCUAUGGGAUCUGGAAGUACAGAUGGUAUAUUUGGACCAGUUAAAAACCCCUGGAGUUAUUCAAAACAAUAUAAAGAAAAGAGAAAACAGAAGCCCCAAGCAGAGAAUGAGGAUUCAAAUUGGGUCAUAACCGGCGGAAGCUCGGGAGGGAGUGCAGCCGCUGUGUCAGCGUUCACGUGCUUUGCGGCUUUAGGAUCAGAUACAGGCGGAUCCACCAGAAAUCCAGCUGCCCACUGUGGGCUUGUUGGCGUAAAACCAACCUAUGGCUUAGUUUCUCGUCAUGGCCUCAUUCCCCUGGUGAAUUCAAUGGAUGUGCCAGGAAUCCUAACCAGAUGUGUGGAUGACGCAGCAAUUGUAUUGGGUAUACUGGCAGGGCAUGACCCCAAAGAUUCUACCACAAUGCAAGAUCCUGUUAAACCAUUUAUUCUCCCCAAUUUGAUAAACGUGAGCGAACUAUGUAUAGGAAUUCCAAAGGAAUAUCUUGCCCCAGAAUUAUCAAGUGAAGUGCAAUCACUUUGGUCCAAAGCAGCUGACCUCUUUGAGUCCAAGGGGGCCCGAGUAAUUGAAGUAUCACUGCCCCACACCAGUUACUCCAUUGUUUGCUACCACGUGUUAUGCACAUCAGAAGUGGCAUCGAAUAUGGCAAGAUUUGAUGGACUAGAAUAUGGUCACAGAUGUGACAUUGAUGUGUCUACUGAAGCCAUGUAUGCUGCAACCAGAAGAGAAGGGUUCAAUGAUGUGGUGAGAGGAAGAAUUCUCUCUGGAAACUUUUUUUUAUUGAAAGAAAAUUAUGAGAAUUACUUUGUCAAAGCACAGAAAGUGAGACGACUCAUUGCUAAUGAUUUUAUGAAUGUCUUUAACUCUGGAGUGGAUGUCCUGCUCACUCCCACCACUUUGAGUGAGGCUGUACCAUACAUGGAGUUCAUCAAAGAAGACAACAGAACACGAAGUGCCCAGGAUGACAUUUUUACUCAGGCUGUAAAUAUGGCAGGCUGCAUACUAAGGAGCCAGAAUAACUUCCUGCUACACUCAGUUCAUUCUCUGAUCACAAAUGAGCUCAUUGAUGGCAGAGAAACAUUAGUGGGAACUUAACAGGCCUCACUGGACUUGGUGGCGCAUCUUUUUAGUGAGUAAGUUUCAGAAUACACAAGUCACAUCCAAUAUGAAAGACUUGUAGAUAAUUUGGUGAAGGUGCCAAGAGCAAGGAGGUUAUGGCAGAGACCUGCCCCCACCCCAUCCUGGAUUCUCUAUGCCUGUGAUCUCCUUACCUUCUGACUUUCUUUAUGCGCUUUCCCUUUUGGGAUCCUUGAACCCAAAGAAACAUUAAUGGGAAUCUGUAUUUUGAAUCUGAAAAACAUCCAGUGACCAUCAUACAUUUACCCACUAUACAGUUCUUUUAUUGGGAUUUUUUGGCCUUUGCCAGAAUACCCUUCUAAUGUGGCACUUUUACUUAGUUGAUAAGCGUAAGAAGUUGAACUAUUAUUUAAUAAGUUAAGGGAAAAAAUAUUUUCUGUGAAUUUCCUGAGGGGAAUAUAUAAAAGGCAGAAGAGAGAGCCAUUGAAAAAAUCACUGAAAUAUACCAGUGAUACUCAAUCUCAUGAACUUCACAUGAAAGUGUUAUGGGCUAGACCCACUGGUAUUGCAAAUUUUGACUUUGUAUUCCUAAAGGAGUAAGAAGUCCAUUAGAGAGAAUUGUAUUACUUUAUACAAGAUGAAGAACUCCAUCUUGAUUGAAGGGGCUAGUAUGAUGUUAAAAGCUAGCAAAUAUAUCUUUACACCAGUCUUUUUUUAUGUGUGUAUAACUUGAAAUAAAAUUGUUUUUCAAAGAACAUUUAUCCUCCCUUAUUCCUAUAGGUCUACUUAAGCUGAACAAACAAUUUGAAUCUAAAAGUGAGGAAGUGAAAAAUUUACUAUUCUCACAUAAUAAUACCCAAGUAACAGAAACUAAUACCUAACUUGUUUUUCUUCCUUUAUCCAAAGCCUAUUAGGUCUCAUUUUGCCAAAUCACUUUAUGAGAAUUUAGGAAUGGCUUUUGUAUCUCAGCAAGUUAAACCCUGCAAUUGUGAUCAGCAAGAUCACAAUUCAGAGCAGUGCGCUUCUGAAAGGCCGAGGGGCUACCAGUGUAGGAGUUCUUUAAUACCAUGCAGUGAAGCCAACUGAAGUUAGGCUUAACAACAAAAGCAUUGCUAGAGUGAAAAAAUGUGAAGUGGUCAUAAAACCUGAAACCACAGAGAGCCAAGGGAGUAGGUAGAAAAACCAGUGUUCUCUGUUGGUCCACACAGUAUUACCAAGAAAAUCGUUUGGAACCAAGAAGGCAGGGUGUUCCCUUUGAAUGGCUAUUUGACAUCUGCUCUUCAGGAACAUAGGAUUUUAGACCAUCUAGAAAAGAUUAUUUGGUACAGAAGAGGCAUUUCUAAAAACGAUGAAAAAUGAUGAUGACUCCAAUUAGGAAAUAAUCUGUUCUUUCUAUUAGACCAGAAAUGCCUUCACAAUUUCGAACAGAAUCUGAAGGACAUUGAAAGUGAUAUUGGGUAGAUCAAUAAGUAGACCUUAUUCUGCGAACUAUGUUCAGAUCCUGUCCAUUCAAAGCAAGGGUGCAAACUGGAUUUUUUAUUUUUUUUAUUUUUAUUUAUAUGUGCAUACA